CAAAGCCACGCACCGCGUUUUGAAAUAGCGCGGGAAUCAUUUCGGGUUCGCCCGUCAGGCGGCGAGUUGGUUUUAAUAACGUUCAGUGCGACAGAGAAUUUGAUGGUAGCCGGCAGCUUGUGUACCGAGAAAAUGAGGAACUACAAAAGAAAAACUCAGUACAUGCCUAUGACCGAAGAUCAACUCGCUGCGGCACGUACACUGAUCGCGAGAGGUGUUUCUAUCAGUCAGGCGGCCAAAGAAAUCGGGUUUCAUGAAUCGACACUAAGGGAUCGACUUCAGAAAGGGGGAGGAACUAAGCUUGGGAGAUUUCGAGCCACAUUUUCAGCAGAACAGGAAGCUCAGCUGUUAAACCACUGUAUCGACCUGGAUAAGCGAUUUUUCGGCCUUACUUUAAAAUCUUUGCGAUUCCUUCUAUUUAAAUAUGCCGAGGAGAAUAACAUUCCCCAUCAGUUCUCGGUUGAAGCGCAACUUGCAGGGAGGAUUUUACACGAGCCUUUAUGA